GAUUAGUGAAACUUCAAGUUUGAAGUUUCCUUCUUAAAACUUCAAAUUUGAAGUCUUAAAUUUUCUUUUUGGAGAGCAAAAAAAUUAUAUAUUUGAAGUUAUGGAGUUUCUUUUGGAGAUGCUUUUAUAUAUUAAUUGAGAAACAUUUUUAAGUUAUACAUUCUUAAGAAACAUAUAUAUUUUUUAAGUUGUAACGUUGACUACAAUGCUUAUAUGUAAAUAUCAUAACUCUUAUCACUAAUCAUAUUAAAAAAAAACAAUUACUUGAAAAUAUUACACGACUUCCAUCAUAUAUAAUAAAAUGGACCGCUCAUUAAUCAAAUGCUCAAAAAAGUUUUUUUUCUCAUUCUUUCUUUAAAUAAAUGCUACUAAAUUACCUAAUGUGAUUUACAAUUAAUAUUAAGUUAAUGAUACUGAACAAUAAAGAUUUGAUAACAAUUUAUAUUAUUAAAAUAAAUUUUAAAAUCAUAUUAAUCAUAUACUAAACUUUUUCUGUUGCAUAUGUUACAUUUAAAUAUUUGAAAACGAUUAUAAUUAAACUACCAAAGCUGUCAAAAGUCUCAUAUAAAAAAUUGUGAUCAGUAAUUUAAAAAUUUUGUUAUAGAAAGAUACAAAUGAUCAUAAAUCCAUACGAAGAUUAAGCAUAAUUUAAUAGAUACUAUUAAAUAUUCAUACUAAAAUCUUCUGUCUAUCUAUUUACACAUCAGUUAAAUUUAACUAUCUACCAUAUAAAAUUUUAUAAAUGAUGACAACAAAAAUUGAUAAAUAUUUUAGUUAAAUUUUUUAAAUAUAUAUCAUAUGUUAAUUGAUAAAAAUUCAAACACUUUUAUAAAUUUAACUUGAUCAAAUCAUAAAAAUAUAUUUUACAUAUCUUUUGUUAUUAUUUAAUACAUGUUUUAUAAAAUAUCCCAUUCUAGGUGCGUGGAUUGUUUUUUUUUUAUAACUAAAAAAGUGUUUUCACCUCUUUGCCGGAAACCCAAGCAUUGUAAAUAGUCUCUCCCACCGUGAAUUGAAUCCAAGUGGCGAAAGUUACAACCGCAACCCCUUUACCACUAGGCCAACUCAACGUUAUAUGAAAUGAUUGCAAGAUUCCGUAGGAAAGUAUUACUAUUGUAUAGGAUAAAGGCUGAAUCCAACAUGCAGGAAUACCAUGCACAUGAGCAAAGGCGCAUUUAAUUUAGGGAUUACUUGUCGUCUAGUUUUUUUUUGUCUUAUUGAUUGAGACCAAAUGUUGAGUUCAAUAUUUCCAAUUUUGAACUACUAUUAUAUUUACUUAAACAAGAUACUAGAUUAGUAUAAAUCCCAAACUCCUCUACAAAAUGCUGGAAACAAAAAAUGGAACCAAAUUAUUGUGAAGAAAAACAAAUGUACACUAACUAGACUUGAAACUUGCUUAUAUAAAGACUUAAGGACCACAUUUGUUUCCCCAUCUCCUCAACAACAAAACUCAGAACAAGACAACAAAAACACAAAAACUCUCCCCUAAAAGAUGGCGAUAAUUUGCACAACACCAACGACAUCUCCUGCAGAGAAAGAACAAGAACCAAAACAAGAUCUUGAAAACGACCAAACUCCUCCCUUAAUCUUCAACCCUUCUCUUCUUAACGUCCAAUCUCAAAUCCCAAACCAAUUCAUUUGGCCUGACAAAGAGAAACCUUCAAUUGACAUUCCCGAGCUCAACGUCCCUUUCAUCGAUCUUUCGAGCCAAGACACAACUCUAGAGGCUUCUAGACUCAUCGCAGAAGCUUGCACCAAACACGGUUUCUUCCUCGUCGUCAAUCAUGGAGUCAGCGAGUCGCUCAUAUCCGAUGCUCACCGUUACAUGGAAAGUUUCUUCGACAUGCCUCUCGCCGGGAAACAGAGAGCCCAAAGAAAACCUGGUGAGAGCUGGGGCUACGCCAGUAGCUUCACCGGAAGAUUCUCCACCAAGCUCCCAUGGAAGGAGACUCUCUCUUUCCCGUUUUCCAACGAAAUAAGUGGAUCAAGAACCGUUCAAGAUUACUUCUCCGGUACAUUAGGACAAGAGUUUGAACAGUUUGGGAGGGUGUAUCAAAACUACUGUGAAGCAAUGAGCAGCCUGUCACUCGAAAUCAUGGAGCUUCUUGGUCUUAGUUUAGGCAUAAAGACAGAUCAUUUCAGGGAAUUUUUUGAGGAGAAUGAUUCGAUAAUGAGGCUAAAUCAUUAUCCUCCAUGCCAAACACCAGAUCUCACAUUAGGUACAGGACCACAUUGUGAUCCAAGCUCUUUGACUAUUCUUCACCAAGACCAAGUCAAUGGCCUUCAAGUCUUUGUUGAAAAUCAAUGGCAAUCCAUUCUCCCCAAUCCUAAAGCUUUCGUCGUCAAUAUUGGUGACACUUUCAUGGCUCUAUCGAACGGGAUAUUCAAGAGUUGUUUGCAUAGAGCGGUUGUGAACAGAGAGAGCGCGAGGACAUCAAUGGCUUUUUUCUUGUGUCCAAAGAAAGACAAAGUUGUGAAGCCACCAAGUAAGAUUUUGGAGAAGAUGACACCAAGAAGAUACCCUGAUUUUACUUGGCCUAUGUUCCUUGAGUUCACUCAAAAGCAUUACCGAGCAGAUGUCAAUACUCUCGAUUCCUUUACAAAUUGGAUCAUUACCAACAAAUUCACCGUCUAAGAAACCAAGUUACCAUCGAAAUCAAUAUUCAUUCUUAGUUACUGGCUCUUUUGUUCUCAUGGUGAAAUGCAUUCCCAUGGUUUCAAAUUUCAAAACGUUUGUAUAUUUUUCCAAGAAUCACAGUGUGGAAUAUGAAUGCUUGUUAAACCAAAAACCUAAA